UGCCCAUUGGGACAGUUGGGUCUCAGCAUCUCCAGCAGCUCCGUCAAACUACAAGCCAACCAACCAGUCAACCAGCCAUGAGCAAGUCCUUCUCCUCCUCAAGCCAGAGUGCCUCCUCAUACCGUCGCACCUUUGGCUCAGGCGUCGGUUCAUCCCCGAUGUCUUCCCUCUUCUCAUCAGGAGGAGGCCGCAGCUCCUCUGCCAGCCAUAUGGCCAGCCGCGUGUAUGAGGUCAAGAGCAGUGGUGCUCCCUCCUAUUCCAACUACAGAUUGUCCUCUGGUGCUGGAGCAGGGUACGGCUCCUCUACAGCCAUGCGCACUUAUUCAGGUGAGAAACUUGACUUCAACCUUGCUGAUGCAAUGAACCAGGACUUCCUCAACACAAGGACCAAUGAGAAGGCCGAACUUCAGCAUCUCAACGAUCGCUUUGCCAGCUACAUAGAGAAGGUUCGUUUCCUGGAGCAGCAGAAUGGAGCGCUGACCGUGGAGAUUGAGAAGCUGAGGGGCCGCGAGGGGCCCGGACGUGUGGCUGAUCUGUAUGAGGAGGAAAUGAGGGAGCUGAGGAGGCAAAUUGAGAGCCUCUCCAACCAGCGUGCCCGAGUGGAGGUGGAGAGAGACAACCUGGCUGACGACCUGCAGAAAAUUAAACUGAGACUGCAAGAGGAGAUUCACCAGAAGGAAGAUGCAGAGAACAACCUUUCUGCUUUCAGAGCCGAUGUUGACAAUGCCACUCUGGCCAGGCUGGACCUGGAGAGACGCAUUGAGAGUCUUCAAGAGGAAAUUGCCUUCCUCAAGAAGAUCCAUGAAGAGGAGAUCCGUGAGCUGCAGAGCCAGAUGCAAGAAACUCAGGUGCAGGUCCAGAUGGACAUGUCCAAACCCGACCUGACUGCUGCUCUGAGAGAUAUCCGCAUGCAGUACGAGGGCAUCGCCGCCAAGAACAUUUCAGAGGCUGAAGACUGGUACAAGUCUAAGGUGUCUGAUCUGAACCAGGCUGUCAAUAAGAACAAUGAUGCACUGCGUCAGGCCAAACAGGAGAGUAUGGAGUACAGGCACCAGAUCCAGUCCUACACCUGUGAGAUUGACUCACUCAAGGGCACUAAUGAGUCUCUGCUCCGCCAGAUGAGAGAUAUGGAGGAUCGCAUGACUCGUGAAGGCUCUAGUUACCAGGAUACCAUCACACGAAUGGAAGAAGAAAUUGCCAAGAUGAAGGAUGACAUGGCCCGUCACCUGAGGGAGUACCAGGAUCUCCUUAAUGUCAAGAUGGCUCUUGAUAUUGAAAUUGCCACUUACCGCAAGCUGCUGGAGGGAGAGGAGAGCAGGAUCACCACCACUGCGCCUGUCCAGUCUGCCUAUUCUAGUAUUGGAUUCAGAGAGACCAGUCCUGAGUCCCAGCAUCGCACCCCGGAAGUUCACUCCAAGAAGACUGUUGUCAUCAAGACCAUUGAGACCCGCGAUGGAGAGGUUGUCAGCGAGUCCACACAGCACCAGCAAGACAUCAUGUAAACAAGAAGAGGCAACAUUAGAAAACGGUUUAUAGAAUAAAUGUAUAAAAAAUAACUAAAUAAAAUUGACUGCGAGUUUCAGCUGAUUUAAAUGGAAAACAUAAAAUCAAGUAAAUGCAAAUCAGUAUACAUUUUUACACUGUGCACAAUGUACUUCCUUCAGCCUGGUGUAAAAUAAAGGGCAUUCCGGGAUUUAUUCUCUUUACUUCUCUGAACAACAUCAGAACUCAUCUGUGAUUUCUCGUCCACAAAAACACUUCAGUGGCAAGAGAUGAGAUUCAAAUGAGCAACAAAGCUUCAGUGUUGCCAUAGUGAACCAGCAUGCACUGGAAAGCUUGACAUAUCCAUAAGCCUUAAUAAAACGUUGGUCAAAAGUGAUAUUAUAAGGGGAACCUUGAGUGCACAUAUUCCAAGUUUUAUUUGUGCAAAUGUACAAGUACUUGAUAAAGGGUGGCUUUUGUUUUUUGUAACUGAUGAAAGGAAAGUGGGAGGAUUACCAUAUAGGUUUGAAAAAUGCCAGAAACAUCAGCAUUUAAAAAUAAGGAAGUAAGUCAUGUUUGAUGUUUGAGCUCAGAUGGUGAUGUUUGGUUGUAUGUGUAUAGGUGGCCAUGUUAUGCUGCUUCACUAUGUCCAAAAUCUCAAAUAAAGACAUUUGUUAUCACCAUUCA